CACGAGCGGCGCUCAGUUCUUUGAGGGUAGUUAGUUGGACAACGGCGUUGCCGAAAACGGGCCACCUCAGCUGCCGCACAAUACAUUUUUGGCCAUGUACAUAAAACAAAAGCCGUUUAAAUCAUAAACACAAAAUGCAAUUAGCCAGCGAGCGCACGCCACGAAAGUCAACAAACUAACUAAGCCAGUGUCAUCAACUAAAUUAGUGCAAGCAGCUAGCCGACCGGAACCGGAAAUGCCCAUUGAGCCGCCUGACAACAACAGCAACAGCAACAACAACAAUAACAAUAACAACAACAACAAACACAAUCACAGCAGUCACAAGCACCAUUGCAUUGGCAACGGCCAUAAAGACGUGCAACAAAUCGCCCACACACACAUGUAGUUGCAGCGCGAGUGCGUCAGUGUGUGCGGGCUCUGAAAACCGGAAGCGGAAGUCGAGGAGCCGGAGGAGAAGGAGGAGCAACAGCAGAGGCAGCAAGUGCAGGGACUUGAUCAGAAGGAUAGGAAGGCGUAGAUAGAUUAGCCAGUUUUUUCAUUCGCCCGCAGUUCGUUAAGGAAAAUCAUUCAAAAUUCAUCGCCUAAGCAAAACGGAUGCCGCACAAGAGAGAGAGAGAGAGAGAGAGAAAGAGAGAGUCGCGAUUAGAUCAAUCAAUUAAUCAAUCAAAACCGAGCAUAUCAACCGAGAGGCCAAUACCAACCAGAGAACCGAAAUCAAAGUUCAACGUUGCAUUUAAGGUGCCCGGUAGAGCAGUUCAACUUCCAGUUACCACUAGCACUCCGUGUGUGAUUGCAUGCCGCGGAUGAGCCGCGGAUUAUGUCACGUGACGAUUAUAAUCCAGUAACUAGCUCUGGUGUACGCAGUCCGGGUCGCGUGCGGCGUCUCCAGGAAUUGCCGACGGUCGAUCGAUCCCCAUCCCGGGACUACGGCGCACCACGCGGAAGUCCUUUAGCAAUGGGCAGUCCAUACUACCGCGACAUGGAUGAGCCAACAAGUCCGGCCGGAGCGGGUCACCAUCGCAGCCGGAGCGCCAGCAGACCACCGAUGGCCCAUGCCAUGGACUAUCCAAGAACCCGCUACCAAUCGCUGGAUCGCGGCGGACUCGUGGACCCACACGACCGCGAGUUCAUACCCAUUCGGGAGCCCCGCGAUCGGUCCCGGGACAGAUCCCUCGAACGGGGACUAUACCUAGAGGACGAGCUCUAUGGCAGAUCAGCGCGCCAGAGCCCUAGUGCCAUGGGUGGAUAUAAUACGGGCAUGGGCCCCACCUCGGAUCGAGCUUAUUUGGGCGACCUGCAGCACCAGAACACCGAUUUGCAAAGGGAGUUGGGUAACCUGAAGCGGGAACUGGAGCUGACCAAUCAAAAGCUUGGCAGUUCGAUGCACAGCAUCAAGACUUUCUGGUCGCCGGAGCUGAAGAAGGAGAGGGCACUGCGUAAGGAGGAGAGUGCCAAGUACAGCCUGAUUAACGAUCAGUUGAAGCUGCUCAGCACGGAGAAUCAGAAACAAGCCAUGUUGGUGCGUCAGCUGGAGGAGGAGCUCCGCCUGCGUAUGAGGCAGCCCAACUUGGAGAUGCAGCAGCAGAUGGAGGCGAUCUAUGCGGAGAACGAUCAUUUACAGCGCGAGAUUAGCAUAUUGCGCGAGACGAUCAAGGAUCUGGAGUGCCGAGUAGAAACCCAAAAGCAAACACUAAUUGCCCGCGACGAGAGCAUCAAGAAGCUGUUGGAAAUGCUGCAGGCCAAGGGAAUGGGCAAAGAGGAGGAGCGCCAGAUGUUCCAACAAAUGCAGGCGAUGGCGCAGAAACAGAUGUACAAUAACUACACGGGCGCCACCGGAAGCAGUCCCCCAUUGCCGGACAUUAUUGGGCAAUACUACGGCCCUGGAACUUUGGGUCCGGGCCCCCUGUCCUACGGCUCAGGCAAUGGUUACGGCCCAGCUGGCUACGAUCUGUACGGCCCAUCGACCUCAACGGCAGCCGGUGGAUACGGACUGUAUGAUCCCCCGAUCUAUGGACCGUGCCAAACAUCACCAAUUCGAAGAAGACGUUAUAGCAUUGCCGGCCUGCCAUCGGCCACUAUGUACAAUGAUGUCUACGGCUAUCCGGCACCACCAUUGCAACAGACCAGCUCCUCAAAUAUAGUAAACCUGCUUAACGAGGCCCACAAGUCGAUAUCGCGCAGUUCACAGAUCCUGAAUCUAACGAAUCAGGCCAGACAAUUGGGUCAGCUUGUGACCACGCCGCUGGGCGGAACUGUUGGCAUGGGUUUAGGUCGAGUCGUGUCCAGUUACCCCACCUUGCAUCCGGGUGAUACCUCACCGCCGUACCUCAACGAUAACCUAAUGCAGAUGUCCACGAGCUUCUCUUCGCAGCCCAACAUGUACUUCCAGCCGCAGGCGCAAGUGCAGCAAGUGCUGCCCACACAACUGACGGCGGCCCAAAGUGCCGCUGCAGCGGCCGCAAGACUCCGACCUGCUUAUUCCGUUACGAAUCUGGUGUCCAGCUAUCCGACAACGACCACGGCGGGCUAUGGCUGCAAGUACGGGGGCUAUGGGAAUCCGUACCAGAGUGAUUUGGGCUACGGCAAUCCCUUGGCCCCCUUCCAGCAGCGCCAGCUGAUGGCCCACCAGUCGCUGCAUGCCUCCAAUCCCGCCAUUUCGCAGUACUACCAGAAUCAGGGAACCGGAGCCGGAACGGGUGCUUCGGCGGCCGCAUUGGCCUACAACCUGCAACAACAGUUCGCGGGGACGCAACACUACGGUGGCGGAUCACAAGGACCGCCGCUGGGACACUCGCACAUUCAGGCAUCGGUCCAGCAGCAGAUGCAUCCGCAGUACCAGUACCAUGUGCAUCAGCAUCAGAAUCACCUGCAGACACAUCCGCUGGCGGCGUUGGCCAAUACGAGCGGUCCAUUUGGUGGAACGCUGGCCAGCAGUGCCCGGGAUUAUGUGGACGGACUGCAUCAUGCGGCCCACUCCCAUACGCAUCCGCAUACGCAUUCGCAUCCGCACCACUCCUCGCAUCAUUCGCAUCACACGGCAUAUCCGCACUCGCAUUCGCACCAUCAGCAGCAGCAGCCGCAUCAAGCCCACCAUCACCACCAUCUGCCAUACUCGAAACUAGACUUAGAUUACCCGAAACUGCCGCAAGAGCAUAAGCGACAACUGGACGAAUUCCGUCUUGAAAUACAGAGAAGGGAUCAAGAGAUCCUGGCGAUGGCGGCCAAAAUGAAAACCCUCGAGGAGCAGCAUCAGGACUACCAGCGGCACAUAGCGGUGCUCAAGGAGUCGCUAUGUGCCAAAGAGGAGCACUACAACAUGCUGCAAACGGACGUUGAGGAGAUGCGCGCCCGCCUCGAGGAGAAGAACCGCCUGAUCGAGAAGAAGACCCAGGGCACCCUGCAGACGGUCCAGGAGCGAAAUCGCCUUACCAGCGAACUAACCGAGCUCAAGGACCACAUGGACAUCAAAGACCGCAAGAUCAGCGUGCUGCAGCGCAAGAUUGAAAACUUGGAGGAUCUGCUCAAGGAGAAGGACAACCAGGUGGACAUGGCGCGUGCCCGUCUCUCAGCCAUGCAGGCCCACCACAGCAGCUCCGAAGGCGCCUUGACCAGCCUGGAGGAGGCCAUUGGUGACAAAGAGAAGCAAAUGGCCCAACUGCGAGAUCAGCGGGAUCGUGCCGAGCAUGAGAAGCAGGAAGAGCGAGAUCUUCAUGAGCGUGAGGUGGCCGACUAUAAGAUCAAACUGAGGGCUGCCGAAAGUGAGGUGGAAAAGCUGCAGACGCGUCUGGAACGAGCGGUCACCGAGCGGGAGCGACUAGAGAUCAAGCUGGAGGCCUCUCAGAGCGAACUGGGCAAGUCAAAGGCCGAACUGGAGAAGGCCACCUGCGAAAUGGGUAGAAGCAGCGCCGACUGGGAGUCCACUAAGCAGAGGAUUGCCCGCUUGGAGCUGGAGAACGAGCGGCUGAAACACGAUCUGGAACGUUCGCAGAUGCAACUAGAAGAACAGACCACACUACACAAAACAACGUUUGGCCGAACUACGAUGACCACAUCCCAGGAACUGGAUAGAGCUCAGGAGAGGGCCGAUAAGGCCUCGGCCGAACUGCGACGUACCCAGGCCGAACUGAGAGUCACACAGGGCGAAACUGAAAAACGUUUUUCGGAUGCGGAAAGAGCUCGUGAAGAGGCGGCCGCCCUGCAGGAGAAGCUGGAGAAGAGCCAGGGCGAGGUGUAUCGACUCAAGGCGAAACUGGAGAAUGCCCAGGGCGAGCAGGAGAGUCUGCGCCAGGAGCUGGAGAAGGCGCAGAGCGGUGUCUCUCGCAUCCACGCCGAUCGCGAUCGGGCCUUCUCCGAGGUGGAAAAGAUCAAGGAGGAGAUGGAGCGCACCCAGGCCACGUUGGGCAAGUCACAGCUGCAGCACGAGAAGCUACAGAACUCGCUGGACAAGGCCCAGAACGAGGUCGAUCAUCUGCAGGAUAAAUUGGACAAGGCCGGCACUGAGAAUCGCCGCUUGGUCCUCGAGAAGGAGAAGCUCACCUACGACUAUGACAACCUGCAGUCGCAACUGGACAAGGCAUUGGGCCAGGCGGCCAGGAUGCAGAAGGAGCGUGAGACCCUCUCACUGGACACGGAUCGCAUUCGCGAGAAACUGGAGAAGACGCAGGUGCAACUGGGUCGCAUCCAGAAGGAGCGGGAUCAAUUCUCCGACGAACUGGAGACGCUCAAGGAGCGCUCGGAAUCGGCACAGACCCUCUUGAUGAAGGCUGCCCGUGAUCGUGAGGCGAUGCAAACGGAUCUGGAGGUUCUCAAGGAGCGGUACGAGAAGUCGCACGCCAUCCAGCAGAAACUCCAGAUGGAGCGUGACGAUGCGGUCACCGAAGUGGAGAUCCUCAAGGAGAAACUGGAUAAGGCACUGUAUGCCAGCCAGAAACUGAUCGACGAGAAGGACACCUCCAACAAGGAGUUCGAGAAGAUGCUUGAGAAGUACGAUCGGGCCCAGAACGAGAUCUAUCGCCUUCAGUCACGCUGCGAUACGGCAGAAGCAGAUAGAGCUCGCUUGGAAGUGGAAGCGGAACGAUCUGGUUUGGCUGCUGGCAAGGCUCGCGAAGAUCUGCGUAAGUUGCAGGACGAGAGCACAAGGCUGCAGGAGGCCUGCGAUCGGGCGGCGCUCCAGCUGAGCCGCGCCAAGGAGUGCGAGGAUAAUGCGCGCAGCGAGCUGGAGCACAGUCGCGAUCGCUUUGACAAGCUGCAAACGGACAUCCGCCGUGCUCAGGGCGAGAAGGACCACUUCCAGUCCGAACUGGAGCGAGUCACUUACGAACUGGAGCGGGCACAUGCUGCCCAAACCAAGGCGGGUGCCAGUGUGGAGGCGGCCAAGGAGGAGGCUGCUCACUAUGCCGUGGAACUCGAGAAGAUGCGCGAUCGCUAUGAGAAGAGCCAGGUGGAGCUGCGCAAGCUCCAAGAUACAGACACCUUCGGACGGGAGACGCGACGCCUCAAGGAGGAGAACGAGCGGCUGCGCGAGAAGCUGGACAAGACUCUCAUGGAGCUGGAGACUAUUCGAGGAAAGUCGCAGUACGAGUCGGAGUCCUUCGAGAAGUACAAGGACAAGUACGAGAAAAUCGAGAACGAGGUGCAGAACAUGGAGUCGAAGCUGCACGAGACCAGUCUGCAACUGGAGCUUUCCAAGGGCGAGGUGGCCAAGAUGCUGGCCAACCAAGACAAGCAGCGAUCCGAGCUGGAGCGGGCUCAUAUCGAAAGAGAGAAGGCUCGGGACAAGCACGAGAAGCUGUUAAAGGAGGUCGAUCGUUUGCGCCUCCAACAGUCCUCGGUGAGCCCCGGCGAUCCGGUCCGAGCGUCGACGUCCUCCUCAUCCGCUCUGUCCGCUGGCGAACGGCAGGAGAUCGACCGCCUGCGGGAUCGCCUCGAAAAGGCGCUGCAGUCGCGUGACGCCACCGAGCUGGAGGCCGGUCGCUUGGCCAAGGAACUGGAGAAGGCGCAAAUGCAUCUGGCAAAGCAGCAGGAGAACACUGAGUCCACGCGCAUCGAGUUCGAGCGCAUGGGCGCUGAACUUGGCCGACUCCAUGAUCGCCUCGAAAAGGCUGAAGCCGAACGUGAAUCCCUGCGUCAAGCGAACCGAAGCGGUGGAGCAGGCGCUGCCCCCCAUCCGCAGCUGGAGAAGCACGUUCAGAAGCUGGAGUCCGAUGUCAAACAGCUGGCCAUGGAGCGGGAACAAUUGGUCCUACAGUUGGAGAAGAGCCAGGAGAUCCUCAUGAACUUCCAAAAGGAACUUCAAAACGCCGAGGCUGAACUGCAAAAGACGCGCGAGGAGAACCGUAAGCUUCGGAAUGGCCACCAAGUGCCACCUGCAGCUGCUCCACCCGCUGGAGCGUCUCCCGCCGAGAUCCAGGCCAUGCAGAAAGAGAUCCAGACUCUGCAACAAAAGCUCCAAGAAUCGGAGCGUGCCCUGCAAGCCGCUGGUCCCCAACAAGCUCAGGCUGCAGCGGCGGCCGGAGCAAGUCGCGAGGAGAUCGAACACUGGCGCAAGGUCAUUGAGCAGGAGAAGGGUCGUGCCGAUAUGGCCGACAAGGCUGCCCAGGAGAUGCACAAGCGCAUUCAGCUUAUGGACCAACACAUCAAGGAUCAGCACGCCCAGAUGCAGAAGAUGCAGCAGCAGAUGCAACAGCAGCAGCAAGCGGCGCAGCAAGCGGCGCAACAGGCAGCGCAACAGCAACAGUCUGCAGCAACUGCCGGCGGCGCGGACGCCAAGGAAGUGGAAAAGAUCAAGGGCGAGCUUCAAGCUGCCUGCACCGAACGCGAUCGAUUCCAGCAGCAACUGGAACUCCUGGUCACAGAGCUGGAGAAGAGCAAAAUGUCCAAUCAGGAGCAGGCCAAACAGCUUCAAACCUCGCAGCAACAAGUGCAACAACUGCAACAGCAGGUGCAACAGUUGCAGCAGCAAAUGCAACAACUGCAGCAAGCUGCCAGUGCGGGAGCAGGCGCCACCGAUGUACAGCGCCAGCAAUUGGAGCAGCAGCAAAAGCAGCUGGAGGAGGUGCGCAAGCAGAUCGACAACCAGGCCAAGGCGACCGAGGGCGAGCGCAAGAUCAUCGACGAGCAACGCAAGCAGAUCGACGCCAAGCGCAAAGACAUCGAGGACAAGGAGAAGAAGAUGGCCGAAUUCGAUGUUCAGUUGCGCAAGCGCAAGGAGCAAAUGGACCAGCUGGAGAAGUCCCUGCAAACGCAAGGAGGCGGUGCGGCGGCCGCAGGCGAGCUAAACAAGAAGCUCAUGGACACGCAGCGACAGCUAGAAGCUUGCGUCAAGGAGCUGCAGAACACAAAGGAGGAGCACAAGAAGGCGGCAACCGAAACGGAGCGUUUGCUGCAAUUGGUACAAAUGUCGCAGGAGGAGCAGAAUGCCAAGGAGAAGACCAUCAUGGAUUUGCAACAAGCCUUAAAGAUCGCUCAAGCCAAAGUCAAACAAGCACAAACGCAGCAACAGCAACAGCAGGAUGCUGGGCCAGCUGGCUUCUUGAAGAGCUUUUUCUAAACAGUGCCCCCAGGAAAAAACCGAAAAAAAUACACACAUCCACAGAUGCAGAUGAGGCAAAAAGGAUAACACCCAUACUAUUUAACCAAAGCAGCAAGAAAUUACCAAAAAGCACUGUCUACUAUUUUGUAUACUACCGAUGCCGAUACCAAUACCAACAAUGCAGUAUUUCUACGACUCACAUAUACACUUACACUAUAUACACAAACACACACACACACAUUUGUAAAUGACACCAUGUAAAUGCAAUGCGAAAUGCAGAUUAUUUGAUAUUUAUGUGUAUUGUGUAAUUAGGUUGCCGCUAUACUCAAAUUGUGGAUGCAUUUAAAAGUCAGCUCGUAUAGCGUACUUUGUCGAAAACUCUCUUAAACUCUUUCUCUAACUCACUAACUCAAUCCUUUUUCGAACUCAACUUAAAGUUUAUCGUUAGCCAAGAACACCUUCUAAGCCCAAAUUUUCUCUCCUUUGAGCGCCAUUCUGUCCUUCACUUUCUCUCUGUCGGUCGGAGCUGCAGAAUGUAGACUACGUCCUCGGGCACUACAUCCACCCACCCAUGAAUCAACCCAAUAAUAUUUUCCAUAAGAACCACCCAUCAGUCAUUAGUUUUCCCACUGCGCGAAUGUGAUGAAAUUGAAAACAAAAGAAAAGUAACGAGAAGAAAGUGAAAGAAGUAAUUGCAUUAAAAUUGAAUAAGCAACUAAUUGAGUGCUGCUUUGGACCCAAAGUGCAGCAUGUACUUACAAUUAUCGAUGAUAUAUAUAUAUAUAUAUAUACAUAAUGCUAGCCUCUGUUAUAGUUAGUUAAACAUGAACAUCGGCCCAUCAUACGCCCACACAAACACACUGUACAUAAAGCAUUUGGCAUCAGAUUCAUAAUGGAAAAAAAGAAGUAUAGAUACAGAUACGGAUACAAUAUGUAGAGCAAUAAAUGAUAAACCACAGAUAAUACGAAUAUGAUAUAGAUACGAGUACCAUAUGUAAAAUUAAUGCGAUUAAAGAAACUUAUAUUGCCUAGCCUUUAGCCGUGUACCAAAGAACUAUCAAUAUAGACCCCAAGUGAACGAAGAACACACUACCUAACAUUCGUAUCAGCUAAUAUGGAUAUUAACGAUUAAAAGAAAACGUAAUAAACUCGAACAUCAACUACAAAA